UUCCCGAUGCUGCUGCUUCCGGACUCCGCGGCUCCGGGCGGCUCGGCGAGGCCACGGUUCCAACGCUGGGCCCAGAAAGGGGCCCAGCCCACAGCGCCUUCGACGCGUGGGUCCCUUGAUAGGCCCAUGCUUUGCCUCUGAUUUGGGAUCUCCGAGGACAUCUCAGUUCUGACCUUGCGGAGGCCGCACUCUGCUGCUUGCUUGCCGGCUGGCGAGGCCACUGGAAUCACAGCUCCCUAAAUCAAGAGGCAAACGCUGCUGGCUGGAAUUUGCCUGACACCCCCAUACCACCUCCCAACAAAGAGAAUUUCUAUUCCUUGAACUCACUUGGGGCAGCAGUUUAAAACUCCCCAUAUCCAGGAGCACCUAGGACCUGGGGCCACCUUCCUGCCUGCCUUCUUGGAUGAAGCACCGCCUCCUCAGUUUCUGGGGUAACUUGAGGCGAGGCCUGGGUGAGUGAAACUUGGGGUGCUACCCGCUGGGAAGGAAAUCCGGAAACAGGAUUCUGUGGGAGUGACCCAGACCUUCACAGAUCUGAGACUCUUGGAAUCUUGUGUUUGUGUGUGUGGGGGGUGGAGAUGGUGACUGAAUUUGGAUAUGCCUCCUUUCUCCAUCCCUAAGCUGAAAAGGAAAAAGUCAUUUGCCACACUUGCGACUGCACAGCCAUUUAGGGAUGUGAGGAACCGCUUCUGAAUUCAUAAUAGGACAGCAUCACUAAGCAGAUACCCAUUCUGAGCCUGAAAAGACUGUCUUCUGAGGAGACCCUGAGGAUCUAACAGUGCUGGGAAGCAGCCCCAGUAUUGGGGUGCUCAUUACAUACCCCAGCCAUGUUCCUAAGACAGCUUGGUGGUUGGCUACCUCGCCCGUGGGGCCACCGGAAACCAAUGAAGCCUGACUCGCCUACCCCAGAACCCAGACGGUUGGACAGCUCCCCUGAGAAUUCAGGGAGUGACUGGGAUAGUGCCCCAGAAACCAUGGAAGACGCGAGGCCUCUCAAGACUAAGGACUCAGAGUUACUGAGGAGCUCUGGUACUGCUUCAAAACCAAGCAGGCAAGCCCAAGUUGAGCAAUUGGGGAGCAAAAGAAUGGAUUCCCUCAAGUGGGACAAGGCUGUCUCUAGCACUGAAGAGUCUGGGAGACUGGAGGCUGGAGGAGCUAUUCCCAAACUCGAAUGGGAUUGUGUGGAUUCAAGUGGCAUCAGUAGACCUAGGAUAUCCCCUGAAGUGGCACUGAAUGCUCCUGGGCCUGAAGUCCCAGUGGAGAAACCUGGCCGGCGUCAGAAGCUGCUGGGCUGGCUGCGGGGGGAAUCAGGAGCUCCCUCACAGUACUUGGGGGACCCAGAGGAGUGUCUGCAGAUCUCCACCAAUCUGACCCUGCAUCUGCUGGAGCUGCUGGCCUCAGCCCUGUUGGCGCUGUGCUCACGGCCUCUGCGGGCAGCCUUGGAUGCACUGGGCCUGCGUGGACCCCUGGGCCUCUGGCUGCAUGGGCUACUGUCCUUCCUGGCUGCCCUACAUGGGCUCCAUGCUGUGCUGAGCCUACUUACAGCCCACCCCCUGCACUUUGCCUGCCUCUUUGGCCUCCUACAGGCCCUGGUGCUGGCUGUCAGCCUCCGGAAGCCCAAUGGGGAUGAGAAGGCCACUGACUGGGAGAAUGGGGGACUGGAGAGGGAGAGUGAGAAGCAGAGGGAAGACCCAGGAAAGGGACUUUGACCAUGGGUUAGGGUUGGGUGGGGACAAAAGGUGAAGACAAUGUGGCCUUUAGGGGGAGAGCAUAGGGUAUGAGCCAGACUGUAAGCACAGGGACCUCAGGGAUGAGGAAGAAACCCCGGAGUAGAAGGGCACAGGGACUUCUUCAUAUACAGGAGAAAAUACAGCUAAAAUAGGGUGUCUUUGUUUAUGGACUAUGGGGGUAUGGCCCUUGGAUUCACCAGCUGUUAUUACUUUUUGCUUUUACAUUUCUCCUAUCUCAAGUUAUUUUUUUCCACCUCCACCUUUUUUGUUUUUUUUUUUUUGCAAUUUUUGGCCAGGGCUGGGUUUGAACCCGCCACCUCUGGUAUAUGGGGCCAGCGCCCUACUCCUUUGAGCCACAGGCGCCAGCCCACCUCCACCUUUUAAAAGCCAAAAACAACAAAAAAUAGCGUGGUGGUGGAUAAUAAAGACCAAAGGGUCCUCCCUCACUUUAAAAACUUUCUAGGGGUGGAGGAAACCAGAGGUAGAUAGACCUCUGUGGCAAGUGGGUAUAGUUGGGAGACCCAACCCAAAGGAUCCUUUAGAUCUUGGGAUCUGAGCCAUCUAGGAAAAUGUGGGGCUGCUCGGCAAGUGCAUUAGCAGGUCUGGAUUGGGGCCCACAGGUGACGGAUUCAGCAGAGAGUAUCUGGUACUCAUGGGAACCAGAGGGAGUGGGGAAGGUACACGCAGCACUGGCAGGAGGGUUAACUCAGAAGGGUUGACAGCUCAGAUGAGCAGUAUGGGGGGAGCCCAUAGUUUCUCCUGGGGGCCAGGAGUUUGCUCACUCAGCAAUAAAUAAUUUUGUCACGCCAAAUCCUAAAUAUAUCAUUAUAAAGUGAGAGUUACUGCCACUCACUGUCCUU